AUGUCAUCGCAGAGUUGACAGGUUGGUAGUGUAAGCGUCCCCGUCGACGUCACAAGCAGAAGACGGUCUCUGGCUUUCACACUUCCUCUCUCUCACCAUGAGUUCGCCCAAACCAAAACCCAUCCAGGAGAGAAAUGGCGUAGGGAAAAAAUGUGUAGGCAGCGUCCUCAGCAGAGCAAUGACCAGCAACUCAGAAUGGCCAGACAAGGAUGAGUUCUUGGACGUAAUAUACUGGAGUCGACAGGUGCUGGGAAUCGUGCUUGGUAUGGUGUGGGGCUUCAUCCCACUCAAAGGCUUCAUAGGUCUCUUUUU